AGCAAAGCAGAGUAGCCCUCCUUCCUCCCCCUCCCUCUCUCUCUCUCUCUCUCAAUUCAUCCAUCACAAUUCACACACAACACAACGCAACGCAACGCAACACAACAUAACAGCAACGCUAACCAACCUCACAUUCAUUUACAGGUAUUACUACUUACAAUACAAGGACACAAAAUGACGCCACUUGCUUGUUCCUGAUACGAGUUUGGUAGGGUCUCGGCUUGACCAUGGCCGGCACAAACUCAGUUGAUGUCAUUUUGGAUUUUCUCAAGAGGAAUCGAUUCACAAGAGCCGAGGCAGCUUUGCGCAGUGAGAUCAAUAACCAUCCCGACUUAAAUGGCUUCCUUCAGAAGCUUACAUUGGAAGAAAAGGCCUCCUGCGAUGUACCACAGAAUAAUAAGGGGAAGCUGGUGCUAGAGAUUCAAGGGCCGGAUUCUCAUGAUAGUGUUGAAGUUUCUAAAGAAUUGAUUGUGAAGGAAAUAGAGUGUGGGACUUGUCGAAAUUCCAUGGAAAGCAAAUGGAAAACUGCUGCUCCUUCAACGGUGGGUCGUAAUAAAUCAGAUGAAGUGGCUGGGACAAGUGAAAAAAAUCUCACUUUCUCUAAGCGUUCGGAGGACAGUAUGCUUGAUUUAUACUCAUGGAAGCUCAUUCCCAGCAAUGGUCCUGUGGAGCCUUACCAAAAUGAUGGUGGCAGUAGGGCAAAUAAUACUUUGAAGGUCUCUGUAUCUCAACAAUCAAAAUAUCAAACUAAUGAAGCUGUUGAUGCAAUUGCAGCCAACACCAAUUCAAUGUCUGCGGAGGAAAAUGCUGUGCUUGCUGAUAAAAAAUCCUCGUGGCUUGGAAGUAGUAGUAAAGCCUAUGUGGAUCCAAAGUAUGACCUUGUGCAAAGCAGAGAAACUAGGGAACUUGAUCGGCAGCUUAAAUUUAAUAGUUCAUAUCUUAAAGGCAACUUUGCAGAUAAUCCGUGGUCAAGAACUGAUGAGAAUGCAAAUUCGUCUUCAGACUCCUGCAAAGAUUGUUCUGUCAAGACUAUCUUCCCCUUCCCGAAGAGGGAUAUGUCUUCGAGCUUUGAUGGUGCAACUUAUUCUGACAAAAAAGAGGAAAAAAGAAGGGUAGAAAUUAGUGAUAUUAGGGAACCUAAAAAAGAGCAGGUGGAUGAAUUUGGGAGAGCUAUUUACUUGGGCAAGUCACAAGGCAGUUCUGAACAGAAGUUGAUUGGCAGCAUAAGUUUUCCUCUUGUGCCUGAAAAUCAGAAAGAAGAGUUUCCUAGGCUUCCUCCAGUUAAACUCAAGUCAGAAGAUAAGCCCUUGGUUGUUCAUUGGGAAGAGAAGUUCGAACGGGAUGGACCAACUUCAAAACUCACUGGUCCUGACAGCACUUUGCUUAUCGGUUCAUAUCUGGAUGUACCUAUUGGACAAGAAAUUAACCCUUCAGGCAUGAGGAGGGCUGCGGGGGGCAGUUGGUUAUCUGUAAGUCAAGGUAUAACAGAGGAUACAUCUGAUCUUGUAUCAGGUUUUGCAACAGUUGGUGAUGGGUUGAGUGAAUCUGUUGACUAUCCAAAUGAAUAUUGGGACUCCGAUGAAUAUGAUGAUGAUGAUGAUGUUGGGUACAUGAGACAACCUAUUGAGGAUGAGGCGUGGUUUUUGGCGCAUGAAAUUGAUUACCCUAGUGACAAUGAAAAGGGGACUGUACAUGGAAGUGUUCCAGAUCCUCAGGAAAGAGGUCCAGCCAAAGAUGAGGAUGAUGAUCAAUCUUUUGCUGAGGAGGAUUCGUACUUCUCUGGUGAGCGAUAUCUUCAAGCAAAUAAUGUUGAACAAGUCACAACUUCUGAUGAUCCUAUUGGUCUAACGGUUACUGAAAUGUAUGGAAUGACUAAUGAUAAUGAUUUAAUGGCUCAAUAUGAUGGACAAUUGAUGGAUGAAGAAGAACUGAACCUUUCACAUGCAGAAUCUGUCUGGCAGGGCUUUGUCCCUCAGGCAAAUGAAGUCAUCAUGCUAGGAGAUGGGAAGGUUUUGAAUGAUAGUGUAAGAUCACGACUAGAGGAUAUCUGUAUGGACGAUGAACAACAUGGUUCAGUUAGGUCAAUUGGGGUGGGAAUCAACAGUGAUGCUGCUGAUAUUGGUAGCGAAGUGCGUGAAAGUUUGGUUGGUGGUAGUAGUGAAGGGGAUUUAGAAUAUUUCCGUGAUCGUGAUGUUGGGCUUGGUGGUUUGAGACACUCUCAUCAUGAUGUGGAUAAGAAUUCUAUUAAAAAAUCAAACAAAAAUAAGAAGAAAAAUGAUAAGAGUGAGUCAAAUAAAUAUGUGAUAGGAGGUGAUAGGGAUGCACCGUUGAAGAUGAAAACUCAUAGUGAUGGUAACUUCUCUUUUCCCCUCUCUUUGAGGGAUGGCCAGAUGAUUCAGGCUGCCUCCAGUAAGUCCCAGUGGUCAAAUAACUGCAAUGCAGAUGAAACUGAUGAUUGUCUUAAUGCAUUUGUGGGAUCUGAUGAAAUGGUUGCUUCAUGGAGGCAGAAGAGCAGUGAUUCUUCACCCGUUAAAAGUUCUAGGGACGAGAAUAAUGCUAACACAAUAAAAUCCAUAGACUCUUCUCCAACAACAGUCUCAAAUUAUGGAUAUUCUGAAAGAGAUCAUGUCAAGCUAGAAGAGGAUGACAAGGUUGGAGAUGCAAGGGAAGAUGAUCUAGGGGCAUCGCUAGAAGAUGAGGAGGCUGCUGCUGUGCUAGAGCAAGUAAGGCAAAUAAAGGCCCAGGAGGAGGAAUUCGAAACCUUCAAUCUAAAGAUUGUGCACAGGAAAAAUAGAACUGGCUUUGAGGAGGACAAGAAUUUCCAUGUUGUUUUAAAUUCCGUAAUAGCUGGAAGGUAUCAUGUCACUGAGUAUCUGGGAUCUGCUGCAUUUAGCAAAGCUAUACAAGCUCAUGAUCUGCACACAGGCAUGGAUGUUUGUGUUAAAAUUAUAAAGAACAACAAGGACUUCUUUGACCAAAGCCUGGAUGAGAUCAAGCUUCUCAAGUAUGUCAAUAAGCAUGAUCCUGGAGACAAGUAUCACAUUCUUCGGUUAUAUGAUUAUUUCUAUUAUCGAGAACAUUUGUUAAUAGUAUGUGAACUACUUAAAGCAAACUUAUAUGAGUUUCAUAAAUUUAAUAGAGAAUCAGGGGGUGAGGUGUACUUCACAAUGCCAAGAUUGCAGUCUAUUACCAUUCAGUGUUUGGAAGCACUUCAGUUUUUGCACAGCCUUGGACUAAUACAUUGCGACUUGAAGCCAGAGAAUAUUUUGGUUAAAAGCUAUAGCAGAUGUGAGGUGAAGGUCAUUGAUCUUGGAAGUAGUUGUUUUGAGACAGAUCACCUUUGCUCUUAUGUUCAGUCAAGGUCCUAUCGUGCUCCUGAGGUUAUUUUCGGACUUCCAUAUGACAAGCAGAUUGAUAUCUGGUCACUUGGCUGCAUCUUGGCAGAACUUUGUACUGGCAAUGUUCUCUUCCAAAAUGAUUCACCUGCAACAUUACUUGCUCGGGUGAUUGGGAUCAUUGGUCCAAUUGAUCAAAGUAUGCUUGCAAAAGGACGGGACACAUAUAAAUACUUCACCAAAAAUCAUAUGCUUUAUGAACGGAAUCAGGAAACCAACAGGUUAGAAUACUUGAUUCCGAAAAAGACAUCCUUGAGGCAUAGAUUGCCAAUGGGAGACCAAGGCUUCAUUGACUUUGUUGCUCAUUUGCUUGAGAUCAACCCUAAGAAGCGGCCUUCUGCAUCUGAGGCCCUGAAGCACCCAUGGUUAUCAUAUCCUUAUGAACCCAUAUCAUCUUGAAAUAUUUGGAGGGUUCUUUUUGUUGAUAAUGUCACCUAGUUGGGUUAGGUUCAUCGUUGAGAGGGAAGGCCCCACCCAUCCAUCCUCGCUGCUUUUCACUAUCUAUAUUAAAGAUGAAAUGGAAAGAGUUGGGCCCUUUCACAUUCUUGCAUAUUGCAUUUAAAGGUGUUUUGGUUUUGUGGGAAAUGUCUGUCUCUCCUUCCCUAUCCAAAUUGUAUUCCAGUGAUGAACCAUAUGAUCAUUGAUGUAAUUUUGCAUGUACGGUGUAAUGUUAGGUUUUUGCUUUCUUUGCUUUGCUUUGGUCUGCUGGAAAGGGAAAUCUUAAAAUCUUGUACAUGGUGUGAUAAUUCUUAGGCUAUUUAGUAAUAUUUUUGUGAAAUAGAUACUUAUCCAAUUUUGCAUGGUGUGACACCAACGUUGGGAGCACCAAUCAAGAUUAAAGCAAAGCUACUGACAAUGUGAAUCAUUUAACUCAUGCUUGUGUGGAAAUUGAAACUCAAAUUGCCUAUACGUUCUGUUGGGAGCAAUCAAAUUGUAUCUUGACAGUGUAAGGAAGGAGUACUGUUUGGUUUUACUAAUGGUAUUAGGGUUUUGACAGCAAAUGGGUUCAACUAAGGAUGUGAACUGUGGAGGACAUCUUCAGGCAUAUAAUCAUUAAUCA